AUGGCUCAUUUGAGAGACACCGGCCAUAGUUAUCAAAGACCGAGCGCGACAAACGGCGCCAGCCAGAUAAACGGCGAUGUGUACUUCACUUCGGGACAAGACCCACUCAACCAAUUGCCUAUUGUACAUGAGGCUUCCCACGACUCAGCCGAGAACCAGGAUGAUCCACUGUGCUUGGAGGGUACUCGCGAUCAGGUGCAGCAGGACAUCUACUCGUGGCAAGAGUCCGAUGAUGAUGACAGGUGUAUCUUUUGGCUGAGUGGAAUGGCUGGAACCGGAAAAUCAACCAUUGCACGCACAGUCGCACAUGAGUUCCAGAGAAGAAAGUGCUUGGUGGCAAGUUUCUUCUUCUCCAGGGGCAGUGGUGAUUCUGAAAGCGCCUCGUUCCUCUUCACUACUCUAGCAAAACAAUUGGCGACCCGAAGGGAUACGGCAACACAAGCUACGAGCUCAGCGCACGUAGCAUUACAGGAUGCCUUGCGGGAAACGCUGCGUCAAGACCCAGAUGUCAUACGCAAGUCUCGACAAGAGCAAUGGGACAAGCUCAUUAUCCGUCCGCUUUCGUCUUUCUUCGCAAAACUCCAAGACGUUUCACCAACUACAUCUGCCGUUCUUGUCGUUGACGCCUUGGACGAGUGCUCAAAUGAGAAUGAUAUCAAGGGCAUAAUUCGAACAAUGGCACGUCAGCAGUUGCCUCAAGCAAGACUUCGAAUAAUCAUCACUAGUAGACCUGAAACCCUUGUGCGCCUGGAGUUCAGCGACAAGCGCAAAAUUCUCCACUCGAGUCUGUCUCUCGAUGAUGUGCCUCAGCAUGUCAUUGACGCCGACCUUGCACGAUUUCUUCAUAGCAGGUUCGACGCUAUCAGAGAUCAUCAAGAAGGGUUUACCGAAGACUGGCCUGGCCUGCACACUUUGGACAUACUCUUGCGUCGAUGUGGAGGCCUGUUCAUCUAUGCAGUUACGCUUUGCCUAUACCUAGAAGAGGAUUGUCAGCAUUCACAGAGCCGACUUCAAACCGUAUUGAAUAAGACCACAUUGCAAGGAAAAGGACAUACGACAGCGCUUGACGACAUGUACCUUACGGUCUUAACCAAUGCUUUCAAGAACCUAUCAAAACUCUCUGAAAGCGAAAAGGACCGUUCGAAAGACUUGUACGAUCACGUAGUCGGCAGUAUCGUUGUUUUGCAGGACGAUCUGUCCGCCAGCACACUAGCUUGCUUGACCCAUGUUUCUCAAUUUGACAUCAUGGCCAUAUUGCACAGACUGCGCUCAGUCAUCAAGCAAUCAGGGAUCGAAUCACCGAUCACAUUACUCCAUGAGACAUUUCGCGAGUUCGUUUCGGAUGGACAAAGAUGUACGAAAGAUCAUCUAGCUGUCAACACCAAGACAGCACAUCGUCAGACUUUCAAAGACUGUCUCCAUGUCUUGUCUGUUCAUCUCAAGCAAGAUCUCUGUGACCUGAAAGACCCAGGAGUAGCAAGAGAUGAUCCUCGUGUUGAUCCAGCGAAGAUAUUGUACGGUUUACCAUUGCAUGUUCAAUAUGCAGUUUGCCACUGGAACAUCCAUCUGGAACGUGGCGGAAUCGACACAACCAAUCACUGCGCGGUUGACAUCUUUUUGCAUAAACAUCUGUUGCAUUGGGUGGAAGCUAUGUCCUGGCUCAACAAAUACGCUGAGGCUGUCGAAUCAAUCUCUAGACUCUACGAACUUCUGGUGAUUUAUGACAAGACUCGGUUCCAGAAAAUGACUAACGAGGAACAGGAUUUUGGGACCGACUUAAAGCUGUUCUGCUGGGACGCCAGGAAGUUCAUGAUCAGUAACGGAUCCGUCAUCGCAAAGAACCCUUUACAAAUAUACUGUUCGGCUCUGAUAUUCAGUCCCAAGAACAGCCUAGUCUGUCAGGUAUCCUCCGAGGAGAGGUCAUCUUGGCUGUUGAAAUAUCGUUCACCUUCUGAUCAAUGGGACCGGUGCAUUCUCAAGGCGCCGGCGUCAAGAAUUGCAAUUUUAUCGGACCGUUGUGUCGAGAUCUGGAGUGUAAAGUGUGGAAUUCCGAUUGACUCGUUUGAAGUGCUUUCGACAGGCGAAAAUCUGCUAUUCUCACCAGAUGGGAAGCAUCUCGCCCUCAUGGUUGAUGCGGCUAGCAUCUGGCUCUAUGACACGGUGGCUAGAACGUUGGAUUACGUUUUGAAAACCUCUGGAUAUGCGAUUGAGGAGUUCUUGUUCUCUCCCGACGGUUCCUUUCUCGUCUCUAUCUCCCAAGAUCAAGUAAAUGUAUGGACUGUAGCGGAAGCAGAACUUCACUGGACCUUAACGGCAGGAGAGCUUCACCGCACUUUAGCAGAGCUCGCAAGAAGUUUGGGACCCGGUCUACGUGAACCAGUUUACAUUCACGCGCUGGAGAUCUCGAACGACAGCUCGUUGAUUGCCACAGUAUCUUCUGACAACAGCGUCAAGUUGUGGAAUAUUGAGACAAAGUCCUUGCAUUUCCAGAUAUCACUUGAAGACAUUGACGAUUCAACAACUCUCCGCUUCUCUACAAACAACGAUCUAAUCAUUGUGAACGGAGCGAAAAUGAUAUCUUGGAGUCCUAGUUCGAACACACUGCACACGAUAACACUGGGUAUCGGAAAUUCUGGCGACAGUCGAAACCUGGACACGAAACUGACACACUGGCUCAGUCCUGAUGGAUCUGUUUUGGCAACCUCGAAGAACAGGCAUGACUUGUUUCUUUUCAACACUACGACUGGACAGUGUUUGAACACAAAGAUAACUUCUGAGAGCUCAUUCACGAGCCUGGUUUUCUCAUCGGAUUCGACUCGUGUCGCUUUACAAACAGACGAUGACAGAGUGUUCUUGCAUGACAUCACGUCUGCUGAUCGUAUUUGCACCUUCCUCGUCGACCCUUCCGAUUACUGCGGAGUACGAUUUUCUCCUGAUGGAAGCAUGCUAGCCCACGUAGGAGCUUACACCACGAUAUGGGAUGUCUCGACGUUGUCAUGGAAAUCAGUACGCGAGAAGGGAAGCACUAUCACGCACAUACUUCUUUCUGUCGAUGUCACUAAGGUUCUCUAUGCCAGCGAGAGAUUUGAUAAGCCGACGGAGCUCUGUAUUUUGGAUGCUCUUCAAGAUAUCUCCACGAUCAUCGAACCAAAUCUCUCCUUCGUCGAGAAUCUCAGCAUCUCUCCGGACGGAAAACAUGUGCUUGCACAAGGAGCAAACAACUCGAACGCGCGCCGAACGUACGUCUACAACAUUGAUGAGAAGAACUCGUUGUACAUCGAUUCAGUAUGCAUCACAGCUUUCUCAAGCUCAAGUCAAUUGCUUGCGAUUGCUGGAUUCGACUUCAAAGUCCACAUAUGGGACAUAAAAUUGCGAGAAUGUAUGAUGAUAUUGGAUGGUCAUUCUUGCGCUAUCGUAGCACUCAAAUUCUCUCCCAGUGAUGCAAAACUCGCUUCGAUAGACGUUGCUGGCAAUGCUAUAGUUUGGAACUAUCGGUCAAACGCCAUUGAAACUAUCUUCCGAGACCCGCCCCGGGGUGGAUCCUUGGCACACGUAGUCGAGGCAGCAUUUUCGAGUGACGCAUCAAUGCUUGCGUAUACCUGGUCUGAGGAGGGGAAUGAUGAAGGGUAUUUAUGGAGUCUCGAGACCAACGCUCUGCUUCGAAUCUUUGAUGCAUGGAAGACGGUUGGGAUUGGCAGAGAGCGGAGUCUGUCAUUCUCAGAUGACGGUAGAUACUUAAGGACUUUUAGAGGGACCAUCGACCUCAAGCCGUUGCGAUCGCCUUGCUUGGAUCUUGGACAACCCUUGGAAUUCAGCCAAUGGGAACCAGAAGGAUGGAUCAGAUGGCAUGGUAGAAAGAUUUUGCGACCACCUGAUGAUUGGUCCUUUGCGAAACACGAUUCAUGGAGCAACAAGCUGGCAAUGGUGAACCACAAGGGAGAAGUGGCAAUCAUAGAGUUUGACCCUCGGGAACUUCGGAAAGCGCUGGGCAUAUGA